AUGAAGACGGCAGUCACCCAGACACAAAGUCUGGAGACAGUGCAGACGCUGAUACAUGGAGGCUUGAAUUACGUGCUCUACCUUCGAUAUCUUCUCACUCGCGACGUCUUCGACUUUCGUUACUACACAGCUGGCUCCGUGAAACCCUACAAAGAUUUUGCCAAUGGCAAGCUUCCCAAGACUGGCGACAAGCACACGGAUGCACAGGUGCCGAUUCUUCUUCGAAACAAAAGCAGACGCUCGGAUCUGUUUCUAGACUGGCUCGACAAUGGAGUCUUUCCCUUGCUGCGAAAUAGGCAGCUACACUCACUCCAGGUGAACGUCCAUGGAGAUCAGGAUGACCGUGACAAGGUGGUGGAGACAUACAAUUUCACCAUACGAUAUGAAAAGGACGGAUCCGGCGUCAGGUCUCCUGCAGGCGUCGACAUCAUUGGUUCUGAUGUCAAACUAGCAGCAUCUGGCCACGUCAACCAGGAUUUGCGAGAAAUCUUAAGGGCAAUGUCCAAAACAUGCACAUCGCUGCCCUACCUUCCAGCAAAUCGAUUCGUGUCCACGGACUUGGUCUGUAAUUCGGAUGACGAGAUCAAUGUUUUGGGCUUCGACCCAUCCCAUUCCAACAAAUUGCUUUUCGCCCACGCGGACGGCUGGAGUAAGCAGACAGUCUCCAAGACACUCGACGCAAUGUUUCACAGCACUGAUGUCAAAAUCACACAUCUGGCAUUGUCAGACCCAAGAUCCAGCUCACAGACAGAUGAGGAGGUUGUAAUCCCUGACGAGCUCGACUAUCCGACAGCUGAAUCGCGAACUGAAGAGUUGGGAUUGUCUGCAGCCCAGAGGGAGCUCAUCGUUAUCGAAGACAGUCAAGCGAAAGAAUCGAGCCCUAAACAGAGAACCUCGUCGGUCACUCUGGGGCGUGAGGAUGGUGGCAAGGCACCUCUCAGAGCAUCGAAGAGACAGAUGGCGACGCCGUUUCAGACUUCGCAGCUCGCACCAGAGUUGACCACGCGAAACGGAGGUAGCAGGUCAUCCGCCGCAGAUCUCGAAGCGCUUUCCCUCCCACCAAGACCGCCGCUUCAAGACAGCCUAGACACGCAAUCAAGCCAUGUCCCGAGGAUGAAGAAGGCUCUACAGGGAAUGAUUGCAGCGGAGCCAUUGACGCAAGGGGAUACACAAACUCAAGCCAUGUUCCACAAUGCUGUGCCGUCACCAUCACAGACUGGCAAGAAUGCUACGCCUGCGACCGCGUCUGGACUAGAUGACCUUGACCUUCGCGCAUCGGUCGCCCCUUACCAGACUCCAAUCCCUUCUCAGCUGAACAAGACAAAGAAGAGAAGAUCGGAAGAGCACGACGUAGCGGAUGGAUCUCCCACCCGUGCUACGUCGAACGCCCCCGGAGUCAAGAGGUUAAGAGUACUUCGCUCUCAAAAGAUGUUCAACGCCAAUGGCCUCCCCUCCUCGAGUCCAGCACCUCAAUAUCAAUUCUGA